AUCAGAUUCAAUGUUUAUUAAUAUAAAACAGUAAAUAUCAAAUAAAAAAUUGAAAUGAUCUUAACAAAAUGCGUUUUCUAAUACAAGAAAGUUGUAAUGGCGUGAAAAAAACCAGAAAAAUAUAAAAUAGAACUUUUAGGAAAAAAACAACAAAAAAAAAAUUUACAUUUUCAGGAAUCAAUGGACAACAAAACAAACAUUUAUUAAAAUUAGCAUAGCGUAGAUUUUACGUCGUAGAACAUUAAGGGUAAAUAAUGAAAAGUUGCUUUGGUGCUGAUACUUUUUAAUUUAUAAUCAGUUUAUCACGGAAAUUACUCGUCUAAAGGAACGUUGUGCAGACUACACACAUUAUGAUUUUUCAUCCCGUUCAACGAUGACAGUGUUAACGCGCUGUUACACUGUUUGCACCGCCAUUUGACGUUAAAUCCGAUUAUGAUGAUAAUUUAACGGUAGGAUAAUUUUAUAAAUCUGUUAUUCAAAUUACAAACUUUUAACGAUCGUUUCACACUUGUUGGCAAACGCUUAUCCGUGACGUUGUCGUAUCCUCGCACUAAUAAUUGUGUUUGCGUUACACUGAGACCGUAUUACAGACAAAGGCGGUGAAAACUUUAUUCAUAAUGAUUCGAUUAGUGUACGUUACGCAAGUUCGUACGAGCAUUCAAUUAAAAUAUAAAUAGCUGAUAGUUUACACGUUUCACCUGCGGGACAGAGGAAAUAAAUCAUUAUUUUCUCGCGAACAGAUUUUUCGACACAACUCGAAUUGUACGGAAACAACAUUCGUUCGACGAUUCCUUCAACCAAACGCUCACCGGUACUCUAUACGCUACACAACCGCCUACGUAAUGUGACGGACGGAAUACGUGUUGCUUCCCUAGGUAUAAACUUAUUGACCUAAAGACGCUCGAGGUAUUGACAUUGUGACACCACUCUUUCCUCGACAUUUCCUCUGUGAGACCAUGUCGCGUUACGAUUCCGGGAUUCGGAUAAAACUCUCGUUCCCAACAUACAACACAAAUCGGUGUCACCUCGUUUUGCACUAACCCCCCAUCUCACGCCCCUACCCAUUAUUGUAGUGCACACAUUCGUAGAGUUCAACGUAUUUGUAACGACAAUAUUAUCGCACGUCACAACUGAACAUAAUAUUAGUUUUUUAAGCGGCUAACCGGUGGCGGAGAUAACGGAAUACUGGCGCAGCAAAGUAUUUCGUUCGUUCGACAGCGUCAACGACGAAAAUGUUAUCAUGUUUCAUUUUUUAUUUAUUUUUUUUUAUCAUCGUCGGUAGUAUGGGUUUUUUUUUUGAAACAUUAACAUCGCCCAGUAGAAAUGCAGAGUAGUUUUCCAUAAUACGUAUGAGCACCGUAAUGUUCCACGUAUUAAUAAUCGUGUUGUGUUGGCUUCGCGCGGCGAGCAGCUGGCCGUCGACCACGGAAUGGACGUGCUGCUGGUGGGCAGGAACCCGGACAAGUUGAGGACCGUCGCCGCAUUGAUAAGAAAGGAAUCGAGUGGAUGCGAGAGGCGUGUGAUGACGGUGGUGGCCGAUUUCGCGGAAGACCCGGUGGCAAGGCGCGGUGAACGCUGCUGUGGCGCGGCUGACGAGAAACAGCAAAAGCACGAUAGCCGAGAACGAAGCGACGCGGAACAGCAGGACGACGGCAGAGAACGGAGUGACGCGGAACGGCAGGAGGACGAUGACCGUGGACGGAGCGAUCCGGAACAGUGGCAGGACGACGUGGGCGACCAGUGCUUCUGCGACGACCACGGUGGACGGCCGUCGGUCACGGUGAGAGGCGGCGGGUGCACUCGCUGGUACCCACGGCUCCGGGCCGUGAUCGAGGGCCGUCUCCAGACGGCCGGGGGCGUGGGCGUGCUGAUCAACUGCGCGGGCGUCUGUUAUCCGCACCCCGAGUACUUUGCCAGCAUGCGCGGCCACCGUGACGGUGGCGGCGGCGGCGGUGGCGUGCACGACGCAGAUUUCACCGCGGAGUUCUGCGACAAUGCCGAUGCUUCGGUGCGGUGCAACGUGGCCGCGGCCGUGCACGCGUGCCGCCUUGUGUUGCCCGGAAUGUUGGCCCGAGGCCAUGGCAUUGUGGUCAACGUGGGCAGCGCCUCGGCAUCCAUACCGCCAGCCACGCCAUUGAUGGCCCUGUACGCGGCUACAAAGAAGUUCCUGGAGAAACUGUCCGCCGACCUGGACGCCGAGUGCGUGUACUUGUGCCGUACGAGUGACGACGAGAACCGCGGUGCAUUGGGCGUCCGCGUGCAGUGCGCCCGGCCCGCGUACGUGGCCACGGCCAUGCUGCGGUCGGCCAACCCGAACGUUCGCGUGGUCGUUGAUGGCGCGGAAUGCGGUGAUGACGAUGAAGAGGAGUGGGCCGAUGACGACGAUGACGACGAUUACGGAGACAGGUGCUGGUGGACGGCCCGUAGACAGCGGUUGGAGAACAGCGUCCAGAGGUGGCUGGUGCCCUCAGCACGACGGUGGGUGCGAUCCGCGCUCCGGCAAGGUGGUCGGUUGUACGCCACCGGCUACUCGAGUGCUGGUAGCCCGGCCAGCUUCACUGGUUAUUGGCCGCACACGUUAUUGGUGUGGUGCGCGACGGUGGCCAGCGCUGUGAUACCGCGUCGGUGGUUCGUCGAUGGGGUGCUGAUGCCGGGCAUGUUGGCGUAUCGCGCCAAAGGACGAGCGGCGGCUGAGAGGAAAUGAAGUUGCGGUGACGGGCCGGAAGGUUUUCGGACGGAUCGUGGUCGGGCCACGCGUGAGUGUGUCCCUCGCGGCAAUGCAGACAGCUGGAAUGGUGACGGGUGGAGAAGGAGGAUGAGAAGAACGGUCGUGAACAGUCGAUAAUUUUUGCACCCCAUUACGGUCAUGACAACGAACUCGCACGCGCACGCAUCGGCACACACGCACACGCACGUUAUUAUUAUCGAUUGUUAUAUUCAAAGCCACGUUAUUGUUGUAUUCAAUACGAAUCAUAAUUAUAUUUAUUAGUUGUAAUAGUAUUUUUUUUUUUUAAGUUUUUGUUAUAUUUUUUUCUUUUAAGUGUUUACGGAAACCUAACGUUAUUAGAUUGCGAUAAUUAUCUGAACCGCGCGCGGGUUUCACCCAACCCGCACGCAAUAUUAAUAAUUUCCCGUAUUACACUCGUACAGUGCUGCAUAACCACCGUUACGUUGUACUGAACUUCUGCGCCCAGCCGAUUUUCAAAAUCCCAUUUUUUUUAAAUUUAUUUGAAUGUUUUUCAGCCACAGUCGGUAGGGCAUAACAAAUAUUGAUGGGAAGCUUAUAAAUAAACACAUAUGUCGACUACUUUCGAAAAAAAAAAAUAUUAAUGUUACUUCAUUCAUUGAUGAUUGCCGACUAUAUAAAUAAAUUAUUCUUUGGGUUGGCAUUGUACUUCACCCACCACCAACCCCUAACACCGACUCAGUCCAUCUUGUUUUCUCCUAAAAUUUAACAUGUUAAUUGCCCGACAAAAACACCAGCCCGACUCUCGCAGGGCUCUAACGCCCCAGAAUCGUUGCACGUGUACAUAUACGAGCGCGUUUUUUUUGAUAGUUAUAAAUUCUUUACUAUUGUUAUUCACACGUAAUCAUUAGAAUUAUAUGCACUUUAUUUAUACUAGUCGAAUGUAAUACAUACGUUUUUCUCUUCAA